CAGUUUUCAACACACUACAAUUAAUCCCUGGAGGAAGUGUGGCAGGGAUAAUGUUGCUCCUUUGUCAUGAUUUCUUCCAUAUGCUGAUUCCACGGAGCAGAUCAUUAAACCACAAACUCACACUAGAUAAAUACAGAAGAGUAAAGAACAAAGUUCAAUAGCCAUAAAAGGGAUAUUCAGAUGGAUGUUGGCCUCGUGAUCUGGUAAAAACAAGCCUCACUGGCUGAUUGAAUUUGAGAAUUAAAAUUAGAUUCUUCCAGGUCUGAAACUGCAUGACAGAGAAACAUUACUGCCAUUUGCAGAGACUGGAAGACUCAUAAGGAUUUCCCUUGGAUGUUUCAUCACUGUCCUAUUGAUGUCUUGAAAGCCUGCACAGCGAUGGGGUCUGUAUUUCACUGGGUGACAGUUGUUCACAUACUGUCUUUUCUACAGAUGCCACAUGUGAUUACAGGUCAGUUUAAAAUCAUCCCUCCUCAGAAUCCUGUCAUUGCUAUCGUUGGAGAAUCGGUUGUCCUGCCUUGCCAGCUGACAGGUCAGAAUAACCCUGAGACAAUUACUGUCCAGUGGAUACUUUCUAGACACUCGGAAAAAGUAGAUGUGAGCUCCUAUGAUGGAGUAACAAAAGAGGAGAGACAGGAUGAGAGAUACCAGGGCAGAACGCAGUUCUUCCACACUGAAUUUCAAGCAGGAAACGUGUCUCUAAACCUGAAGGAUGUCAUUGUCUCCGACAAAGGGAAAUACACCUGCAGUGUCUCUUUGGAGACCUGGUACGAUGAGGUGGUGGUUGAAUUGGAUGUGACAGCUAGAGGUGGCGAGUCUUCCAUUUUCAUGGAGGACUAUGCAGACCAGGGGAUCGGCCUCACCUGCAGGUCGGAGGGAUGGUUCCCUGAGCCCCAGGUGCUCUGGUUAGACAGUAAGGGACAAAAACGAACAGAAAACCCUACGACUAGUAACACAAAGACACCUGCUGGAAUCUACAAUAUUGAAAGUGCCAUUAAAAUAGAACCCGGCUCGGACAAUGAAGUCUCCUGCAAAAUAAUCAACAACAUACUAAAGACAGUGAGCGAGUCCAGGGUCCUAAUUUCAGAUGUUUUCUUCCCAACCACCUCCCCUUGGAUGACUGCUUUCCUCAUCAUUUUAUUUCUUAGCAUAGCCCUUAUUGCUGCUGUAGGGUAUAAACUGAAAAAUAAUAAUGACACAACAUCUCGCUCAGUAAAUGAGAAGAAAACAAUGGAAGAAGACAAAGAACGUCUGAGCUCCCAACUAGAGUCAGACAAAAAGACAGGUAAAAUAGCAAUUCAAGAGAUACAAGAAAAUAUUGAUCGACUCUCAGCAGAGCUGGAAUUCAGAAGAGCUCAGAGCUAUGCAGUUCCCAUCACUCUGGAUCCGGAUUGCAAACACCCAGAACUCAAACUGUCAGAGGAUCAGAAAAGAGUCUGGAAAGAUCUUUCAUCUCCUGAGCUGGAUGCAGCCUCCUGGGCCCUGCUCGUGGUGGGGAAGGAGGGGUUUGUGGCUGGGAGGCAGUACUGGGAGGUGGAAGUGGGGGAGAAACGGGACUGGGAGCUAGGGGUCCUUAGUCAGUCGGUGAGGGACAGAGUGAAAAGGGAGAAAGCAGAGACACUCCCUGAGGAGGGAUAUUGGUCUCUGAAGAGAUCCCAGGGAGACUUUUUUUCAAGCAUAGAAAAUGCUAAGAUUGAAAAGACGGAUUGCCACUAUCAAGUAAUUGGUGUAUUUCUGGAUCGGGAAGAGAAAAAAAUCUCAUUUUAUGAUGCAGAGAUGAUGUUCCUCAUCACAACUAUCCCUGCAGACUUUACUGAGAAAUUUUUAUACUACCCAUUCCUGAGUCCUAGGAACAACACAGGAGAGCAGAAAGCACUAGCAAUCCACCCCAUCAGAGUCCCUGUUCCAUUAAAGCCUCUGAGAAAGGAAAAAUGAGAUCUAGUUACUUUGGCGAAGUAAAGCUCAAAAACAGAGGGGAGAAGGGAAUGUAAACAUGUGAAACAUCAGAAACCGUAAAAUAAGCAAAGUAGAAAUGGAAGAUUAAAUAAAGCACAUAAAACAGAAGAAAAAGAGACAAAAACACUUGUCGUAGGCUUGUUGACUCCGAAGUUGAAAUCAAUACAUUCUGAAAGGAUUGAGAUUUGUCUUCAUAGACAUAUUUUUAUUUAACUUUGUUGCAUUUUUUAAAAAUAGGAAAAUAUUUCAAUGAUAAAAUCUUGGGGGGCUGUGUUGAGAUGAAGGGGAAAUGCAAGUGUGCUGUUGCCAAGCAAGGUAGCAAUAGUCAGAAAAGACACCAUUAUGGAUGGCUACCCACGGAGAAGAGGAUAAAAUCUUGCAAUUAUUCAGUUGCUGUUUAAGAGUCAUACAGGAAUGGUUAUGAAGAAAAACAAAAUUUCUUAUACAAACCCUGUAUCCCAAAAAGCAUAUUUGAUGUCCCCGUGACAUCUAAAGCAAUAAUAUGAAGAGAGAGUUUGAUUAUGCAAUAUAGAAAAUUGAAAAAUUAAGAUUAAGAAUAGAGUCUAACGUUAUGCCCUCGGGAAGUCCUCAGAUGUUUUCUGCUGCCUUUUUAUGUGUUUAGACCUCAAAGAGUGGUGUUGUCAUUCUGAUGUAUUUUUUAUUAAACUGUCCAUAUUUCAAUAAACAUUGAACCUGCCUUUGUGUGUAUUUCCCUGACGGGAAUAAUUCCCUAACUUUGGCUCUAUUGAUCCCAGUACAUAUAGUAGCUUUGCUAAUACAUUAUAUAAAUCUGUAGGUACUCCUGAGUCAUUAAUGUAGCUUAAGCAACACAAAAUUCGUUAUAUUCAUCCGAAACCUUGAAGUAGUUACUUUCUACAUGACUCCUGGGCUUCAUAUUUUACUUUUCCCACACUAGCUCAAUCUUUUUGGAAUGAAGAUGAGUCACGAAGUGUGAGGAACUUUCUCAAGAAGCAAAGCCCCUUGUGUCUCUGGAACACCUGCCCAGUUCAUCUUAAAU